AUGCGCAUAACGGCGCUGUGGCGUGUUUUUCGGGGUGUGUCGAAGUUCCUAGUUCGAAAACUCCACCACGCUUACGAACUCUACCCCAUCUUUGCGCUAACUGGUGUUUGGUUCAUCAUGUUCUGCUACGUUAUCUACUAUUCGUUCGAGAAGAUGGAAGUCUGGCUUGACAGAAGCAAAACCACAGCACCGUGGGAUUGGGAGAGAAUCCGUGACAACUACUGGAAGAAGCCAACCCUUGCAUUCGACAGAGAAGGCAAAACCACAGCACCAUGGGAUUGGGAGAGAAUCCGUGACAACUACUGGAAGAAGCCAACACUUGCAUUCGACAGAGAAGGUGUAAGUCACCGAAGGCUGGGUAUCAUGGAGCAGUUGCAAGAUGAGAUGCUCAUAGCCGCUAAAGAACGAGGAACUCGCUAG